AUGGUCCUUGAACAACCUGAAUCUCCGAUACGUUCAUGUACAUUAGCCAUGUUAAUUGAACCCAUUGAAUUAUAUGUACGUGAUUUUCAUGAUUUACUUAUAUUAAAAUUAAAUGAUAAAAGUAAUUCUGACAUAUCAAGAAAGUUAGUGCAAAUCUUAUUACCAUUAGAUAAUGAUGAUACACAAAAAUUCAAAGAGACAUAUAAAAAUUUAUUUGAAAAUUCUAUUGAAACAGAUAUCGAAGUUGUUCAAGGUGAAAAAACUAUUAUGUCAAAAUUGCUUAUUCAAUUACUUGAAGGACAACGUAAUGAAGAACCUAAUCAUUCACUAUCAGCAACAAAACUGAUUGCUAAAAAAUUAUCUGAAGCUGUUGAAGGAGGUAAACCUGUUAUUGAUUAUGAUAUAUUUAUAAAAAUUUUUACACAUGAUGCUUUUGCACAAUUAUCAUCUAUAUUUGAUAUGUAUGAGGAUCAAUACGGAUGUCCAAUACAAGUAGCAAUAGAACAUCAAUGUCAAAGUAAAAUUGAAGCUGAAUGUUUUCAAGACAUAGUUGAAUAUACACGAUCACCAUCUGGCUAUCAUGCUAAAAUACUUCGACAAGCGCUAGAUAAAGAACCAAUUGAUUAUACAACAUUAAUAAGAACUAUUAUUGGUCAUGAAUCCAAAGAUUUAUGUGAAGUUAAAUUAGAAUAUUCAAAAAUGUAUGAUGAAACGCUUCAUCAAACAAUAGAACAUCGUAUUGAUACUGCAGAAAUAAAAAAAAUAUUUGUUGUAAUAAUUGCAACUGGAGACGAUUUAACACCAAGGAAUGGUGAAGAAGAUUGUUCUGGUGAUAAAGAUAGUAGUAGUUCAACUGGUGCACCACUAAAUGCAAUAACAUCGAAGGUCAUGGAAAAGAAAAGCAAGCAUUCACUUGAUGUUUUGGAGAAAUUUGCUCAAAUACUUAAAAUGCGAACUUCAAAUUAA